AUGACGUGGCUCUUGAACCCACCCGAUCAAAGUCUACCGUUGAUUUUAGCCGAUCAAGGGUUUGAUGUUUGGAUUGCUAACACAAGAGGCACCAGAUUUAGCAGAAAACACGUGAUUCUUGACCCCAGUCAACCGGAGUUCUGGAAUUGGUCAUGGGAUGAGCUUGUGACGUAUGAUCUUCCAGCAGUUUUUGACUGCGUGUACACCCACACUGGCCAGAGAAUUCAUUAUGUAGGCCAUUCUCUGGGAACCCUCAUAGCUUUGGCAUCAUUUUCACAAGGGAGACUAGUGGACAAGCUCCGUUCUGCAGCUCUACUUAGCCCCAUUGCCUAUUUAAAUUACAUGAACACCGCACUUGGAGUUCUUGCUGCCAAAUCCUUUGUUGGUGAGAUCACUACACUUUUGGGUAUUGCAGAAUUUAAUCCUAAAGGGCAGCCUGUCUCUGCAUUUCUCAAGUCUCUCUGCGCCAACCCUGGGGUAAAUUGCUAUGAUUUAUUAACCGCAAUUACAGGCAAAAAUUGCUGCCUUAAUGCCUCCACAGUUAAUAUUUUCUUAAAGAAUGAACCUCAGUCAACUGCCACAAAGAACAUGGUACACUUGGCUCAAACUGUUAGAGAUAGAGUUAUUGCAAAAUACAAUUAUGGCAGACCAGACUUCAACCUGAUGCACUACGGUGAGAUUACUCCGCCGGUCUACAAUCUCUCAAACAUCCCUAGCAACCUGCCUCUAUUCAUCAGCUAUGGAGGCGAAGAUGCACUCUCUGAUUCAAGAGAUGUCGCACUCUUGCUGGAUAGUUUCAAGUUUCACGAGGAAGACAAGCUUAGCGUCCAGUACAUCAAGGACUAUGCUCAUGCAGACUUUAUUAUGGGGAUCAAUGCUAAGGACAUU